AUGACCAUCACCCUCCCCAUCCGUGUGUUCGUCUACGGUACACUCAAACGAGGAGAACCAAAUGCAAAAGUAAUGAUGGACACGGAAGGCCAUCAGCGAUUUUUGGGUGUUGGAAGAACAAAAACACCAUUUCCGCUGAUAGUCGCCAGCAAAUAUAACAUACCUUUCGUUCUGAACGAACCAGGAAAAGGAUAUGUGAGUUUUCCCUAUACUGUUCCUCUAAUCCUUGCGCCUUUAUACUGCUAA